AUGGGUACUGGAGCUGACGUGAGAGAUAUCCUGGAGUUGACCGGAGGAGAGAAUGAUGGUCCCAUCAGUAAGAAAGACCUCAUCAACUCCGAUAAGAAAAAGAGCAAAAAGUCUUCAGAAACGUUGACUUUCAAAAGACCAGAGGGCAUGCACCGGGAGGUUUACGCGCUUCUAUAUUCAGAUAAGAAAGAUGCGCCACCACUCCUACCCAGUGACACCACUCAGGGCUAUAGAACAGUCAAGGCCAAAUUGGGCUGCAAAAAAGUGCGUCCCUGGAAGUGGAUGCCUUUCACAAAUCCAGCACGCAGAGAUGGGGCUAUAUUUCAUCACUGGAGACGUGCUGCAGAAGAGGGAAAGGACUACGCAUUUGCGCGAUUCAACAAGACAGUACAGGUACCAGUGUACUCGGAGCAGGAGUAUCAGUUGCAUUUACAUGAUGAUGGCUGGACCAAAGCAGAAACUGAUCACCUGUUUGACCUGUGCAAACGGUUUGACCUUCGUUUCAUAGUCGUUCAUGAUCGUUAUGAUCACCAACAAUACAGGAAACGUUCAGUGGAAGACUUAAAGGAGCGCUACUACUGUAUAUGUGGGAAACUCACGAAAGUCAGGGCAGCUUCAGGGACAGAACCUAAGAUCUACAUAUUUGAUGCCGGCCAUGAGAGACGCCGAAAAGAACAACUUGAAAAACUUUUUAAUCGAACACCUGAACAGGUGGCAGAAGAGGAAUACCUCGUUCAAGAGCUCAGAAAGAUUGAGACAAGAAAGAAGGAACGUGAAAAGAAAACCCAGGAUCUACAGAAGCUUAUCAAAGCAGCCGACACCACCGCAGAACUGAGGAGGGCUGAAAAGAGAGUUUCCAAGAAAAAGCUUCCUCAAAAAAGAGAAACAGAAAAACCAGUAAGCACAUCCAUGAAAGUUGUACCUGAGACUGCAGGUAUUAAAUUUCCAGAUUUUAAAUCUGCUGGAGUCACACUGCGUAGUCAGAGGAUGAAACUGCCAAGCUCAGUUGGCCAGAAAAAGAUAAAAGCCAUUGAGCAGAUGCUUGUUGAUCUUGGUGUAGACCUGAACCCACUGCCCACUGAGGAGAUUGUGCAGAUGUUUAAUGAGCUCCGCAGUGACCUUGUACUCCUCUACGAGCUGAAGCAAGCACACAGCAACUGUGAGUAUGAGCAGCAGAUGUUGCGCCAUCGAUAUGAGGCACUGCUUAAGGCAGGGAAUGGAGCACCUACUGCAGCACUUAUACCUAUCCCAACGACGCCGAGUGGAGAGGUUAACUCCACAAACAACACUGCUCUGUCCACACCAAGUACCGAAGCUCAGCCCUGGCCCACAGACGACAUCAAGGUGGAAGCCAAGGAGCAGAUCAUUGACGUGGUAGGAGCACCACUCACUCCUAACUCACGCAAACGCAGAGAAUCUGCUUCCAGCUCAUCUUCUGUGAAAAAGAUGAAAAAACCAUAA